AUGGAAAACGAAGAAAGGUCACAACCAGAAGCUCAGUACCAAAGAGAACUUCAAGGAGUUCGGAAUGAUGUGGCGCACCUAACCAGUAUGUUAGAACAAAUGUUGAGAGCCAGAGAUGGAGAGGGAACGUCUACUCAACCUGAUGAAGCACCAGCAACAGCUAAAAUUCCUGUCGCACCUAUAAACGUGGGGGCAAAUACACCAAAUAAGCAGCGUCCUAAUCCCACUCGGCCCAUCCAAAUCCCUAUUACAAUGGAUUUAACAAACGAGGACCCACAUGAUGUCAAACUCUCUAAUCAUGAAGGGUAUGAUAAGUGGACUGCACUAGAAGAGAGGCUAAGGGCAGUUGAAGGAAAUGAUUUAUUUGACCCAGUUAGGGCUGCUGAAGUAUGUUUGGUGCCUAACAUUGUUAUUCCAAAGAAGUUCAGAGUGCCAGAGUUUGUUAAGUAUACCGGGAUGGAAUGCCCAAAGACCCAUCUCCGUUCUUACUAUAACAAAAUGGCAGAAGUUAUCCACAAUGAUAAAAUGUUAAUUUACUUCUUCCAGGAUAGCCUGACAAGAUCGGCCCUUAGUUGGUAUAUGAGGCUGGACAAUAUUAGGAUCAAGAAGUGGACAGACUUGGCAGAUGCUUUCUUAAAGCAAUACAAGUUUAAUCUUGAGAUUGCUCCUGAUAGGACCAGUCUAAUUACCAUGGAGAAAGGAAAUCAAGAGUCCGUAAGGGUUUAUGCUCAAAGGUGGCGUGACCAAGCUAUCAAUGUACAACCUCCACUAAUAGAGACGGAGAUGGUGACACUGUUUGCUAAUACUUUUAGGGCUCCAUACUAUGAACACCUUAUGUGUAGUUCAGCACAACAUUUCUAUGAUGUGGUGCGGAUUGCUGAGAGGAUUGAACAAGGAAUCCGAAGUGGGAGAAUUGCAGAACCUAUAGAGAAGAGAGGUUUCAUUGGAAAAAAGAAAGAAAAUGAGAUGAAUAACCUAGAAGGUGGAUACAAAGGGAGAAGCAAAAACUACCAAACACCUACCACCCAAGUCACCAGUAUCAAUUUUGCCAAACCCUUCAUCCCAAAGCAACCCAAUCAAACAAAAUUCCCAGCAAAUAACCAAAGAAAUUACCAAAGAAGAGACAACCGACCAUCGGAAGAACAAUUACCACCUUUACCAAUAACCUUAAAAGAGUUGUAUGCCAAGUUGUUGAGUAUUGGGCAGAUAGCUCCCCUACCCGUACCCCCUAUGCAACCACCUUUCCCUGCCUGGUACAACCCCGAGGUGACUUGUGAAUACCAUGCUGGUCACGCAGGUCAUAGCAUUGAGGCUUGCUUUGCUUUUAAAAGGAAGGUGUUGCAACUGAUCAAAGUUGGAUGGGUCACUUUCGAGGAUUCACCUAAUGUGAAUUCAAACCCUCUACCUAAACAUGCUGUAGGUGGUAGUGGAGUGAAUACUAUGGAGGUCGGUAGCAAAGAGAAGGUGCUAAAAGUGACCAUGGCGAGGCUGUACGAGAUGUUGGUACAAUCUGGACAUAUAGAGAAACCAUCUGAACAUUACAUGAGGGAAAAUGAUUUUUGCCCAUUCCAUAAAAAGAAAGGGCAUCACAUUGAUGAAUGCAUUGAGUUUCAUCAAAAGGUUGCGAGAAUGCUGACUUUAGGAGAGCUAAGGAUUGAGGCUGCAAGAGAUAAUGAAGAGAUCGAGAUGAUAGAGAAUCAGGGGAAAUGUAGAGUCCAAUUAACAGCUAAUGGGCUCUCAAAAUUGGUAUUAACUAAGCCCUCAUAUGCAAACAAAGUAGACUAUGGAGUGAUGCCUGGAGAUUAUGGUUAUUCCUCGAAUAUUGAAACUCCUUUGCCGCUAUUCCGAACUGAGAUAAGUGGACUAACUUGGAGUGGUCGUUGUUUCACACCUGAAGAACUAGAGAAACAAAGAAAGGCUAAGGGCAAGGAGGUGUUGGACCUCGAUAAAGAGUUUGAGGUGAAUAAACCUGUGACUGAGGAAUAA